UAAUACUAGGCCCAUUUCAAUCCAUUGAAUCUUAAUUGAUGUCGACGGAGAUCGGAAUUUGAGUCUAGAAAGAUCUGAGCAUACACAUCACAAAAAAUCUGACAUCUAGGAGCAGUUGUGGGUAAGAAAAUGGCGGCUGAAGGAGAAGGUGAAGAGUUUGUAAAUAGAAUCAGUCGGCUAAAGAGUGGGAAGAGCCCUAGAAGAACUUAAUAUUUACAUCCACCUCAGUAACCUCGAUCAGAAGCUAUGCAUUGCUGCUAGCUUUUUGAGAUAAAUAAGGAUUGUUCGAAGUCCGAUGAAUCGUAUGUGAAUCUUUACCUUCUUAAAAUUGAAGGCUGUGGUGAGGGCUACUUAAUUUUAACAGCGCUAAACCCUAAAUUGAACGACAUCAUUUGCAGAGAGAGCAGCCCUAUAUUGCAAUCAUCAAAUUCGAUUCGUUUUGUUUCGAGUUUGUGAAAAAUUCAAGGAAAGAUGAUUGUUAAGAGCCUCACACCUUCCCUGUCACGAAGGUUAAGGUACACUCCUAAAAUAUUUUCUGUAUCUGAUAAUGCGAAUUCAUUAGUGUUCAGUUCAUUUUUCUCUUCUGAUAACUCUCCUCCCAAGGACGACGUUGAAAUUGUUUUUGGGAUAAUCACUGGCUCUUCCUCUUCUAAAAACCUCCAACUGUCGUUGAAAUCAAGUGGGGUUCUUUUUUCUAAUGAUUUGAUUGAUAAAGUGUUAAAGAGAGUCAGGUUUAGCCACGGGAAUCCUCUACAAGCUCUUGAAUUCUAUAAAUAUGUUUCCAAUAGAAGAGGGUUUUAUCACACUUCCUUUUCUUUAGAUACAAUGCUUUAUGUAUUAGGCAGAGGCCGUAGGUUUGAUCUAAUAUGGGACCUUCUGGCUGACACCAAGAGAAAAGAUCAAUCUUUAGUAUCUACACGAACUAUGCAAGUGGUUUUAGCUAGAGUUGCUAAAGUUUGUUCAGUUAGGCAGACUGUAGAGUCUUUUAGAAAAUUCAAAAAACUGGUUCCAGUAUUCGAUACUACUUGUUUUAAUGCUUUGUUGAGGACUUUGUGUCAGGAGAAGAGUAUGACAGAUGCUAGAAAUGUGUAUCAUAGUUUAAAGCAUGAUUUUAGUCCUAAUUUGCAGACUUUCAAUAUACUUUUGUCUGGGUGGAAAUCGGUGGAGGAGGCCGAGGGUUUCUUUGAGGAGAUGAUUGAAAUGGGAGUAAAACCUGAUAUCGUUUCGUAUAAUUGUUUGAUUGAUGUGUACUGUAAAGGUAGACAAGUAGAGAAGGCAUAUAAGGUGUUUGAAAAAAUGAGAGGCGAGGAUAUAUCGCCUGACGUUAUCUCAUAUACAAGUUUGAUUGGGGGUUUGGGGUUAAUUGGUCAACCUGAUAAAGCUAGAGAUGUUUUGAAAGAAAUGAAGGAGUAUGGAUGUUACCCGGACACUGCAGCUUACAAUGCUGCCAUAAGGAAUUAUUGUAUUGCGAAGAGGCUUGGUAAUGCAUUUGAGUUGAUGGAUGAGAUGGUGGGGAAGGGAUUAGACCCAAAUGCCACUACUUACAAUCUCUUCUUUAGGGUUUUUUACUGGUCAAAUAAUUUGACAAGUGCAUGGAAUUUAUAUCAGAGAAUGAUGGAUAGUGGGUGCCUCCCAAAUACACAGUCUUGUAUGUUUCUCAUUAGGUUAUUUAGGAGGCAGGAAAGGGUGAAGAUGGCAUUGCAGUUGUGGAAUGACAUGGUGGACAAGGGUUUUGGGUCUUAUAUUUUGGUAUCUGAUGUAUUGUUUGAUUUGCUUUGUGAUAUGGGAAAGUUGGUGGAAGCAGAGAAGUGUUUCUUGGAGAUGAUAGACAAAGGGCAAAAGCCAAGCAACAUUUCUUUUCGGAGGAUCAAGGUUCUUAUGGAAUUGGCAAACAAGAAAGAAGCCCUUCAAAACUUGGAGCAGAAAAUGGCCAUUUUUGGGCCUCACGUCCAAGUUCAUGAAAGUGAAGGGAGCCCGACAGAGAUGUCAAAUUAGAAUCUCGGCCUAGUUGCUCCGUUGGUUUUGAAGAACUGACUGAUCGUACUGAGACGCCAAAAGUAUCUUGGAAAAUUUCAAACAUUUCAUUAAGAUUUGCCACCAUUUUUUGGCUUUUUCCAUAUAGAUUUUCUUCUUUGCCACAUCUUAGUUUUCCUUUUUUUUUUUCGUCAUUGUUGUCUGUGUCACUAAAAAACAUCAUCACAAGUCUUUCUUCUUAUUGUUAUUGGGCAUAAGAAUAGCAAGUGCGAUACAGUAAUAAGGUUAUAUGCUAAUCUUGCUAUUUGUUCA